AUGUACAGAAAGAAUUAGCUUUUGCGUUAUUAAGGAAUAAUUUAUAUUUUUAAUUUAUAUUUUUUAAGAGAGCAAUGCACAGUUGGCUCAAACGGCUGCGCAACUUGCACAGAUGACACCACUUGCGGGUCUUGCACUUCAGAAAGCGACGCAGUAUCUUCAACUUCUCCAAACACUUGCUCAGCCAAAUGCAUAACUGGCUCAAACGGCUGCGCAACUUGCACAGAUGACACUACUUGCGGGUCUUGCACUUCAGAAAGCGAUGCAGUAUCUUCAACUUCACCAAAUACUUGCUCACCUAA